CCCCCCCUCUGCUUUGCGUCCCUCUCUUCGUCGCCUGCGGCUGUGUGCCAUGUCCGUGCCGGACCGAGAUAAAUCUGCAAGUUGAGCCAUUCGGUUCGAUACGAACUGUGCCCAACGCGGGUCGCAAGCGUACACAGAUACUCCGCGAGGACCCCAGAGAAAAUCACUCACGAUCUCACAUAUCCGCCCCCCAGAUGGACGCUGCCGUAUUUACCAACAGUUGACCCGUGCGUACAGUACAUAACAGGCUGGCGAGAUAUGCGUCAAGUCGUCGUGCAGCCGGCCGAAGUUCCAUACGUCUACGCACCGCAUCUGCAUGGAACGCAAGCGAUGGGCACAUACGAUUUCAAUGUCGCACCACCCGGUCACACCAGGCACGUCCAUCCUUGCCAGCAGCCGUACCUAACAUGCAGAGCAGCGCUCAACAGGUAUGUAUCCCCAGUCUCUCCGCUGCGACAACUUCCCCGUAGGAUCGUACCCAAGCCAGCAAGAAAGGCCAAAGGCACUUGAUCUACAAUGACACCAUCCCGCGCACCCUCGAAGCCCGCGAUCCAGCCUAGCGCAAGGUCAUGGCCCCUCAUCCAAUUGGCCGUGCUCAAGCAUCACGCCGCCCGCCGCCGGGCCCUCGACGGAACCCCGCUAGCGCGCCUCCCGGCCCGCGGCGCAGAAGGCGGCAACUUAAGACGCGUAGGCAGCGCGAGGCUUGCGAAGCGGAGCGAUGGCAAGCAAACGCACAGCACAGAAAGCGAAGCAUUCCACUCAGGUCCUCGGACUCGUGAUCAAGAACAAAUGUUUGUGGUCAGUUCACAAAUCAGCCGCGCCGAAUGCGAUGAGUCUUCCUCCAUGGAAAGCACCGAGUCCCGUUCGUCGAUGGCUGUACGUCGAACAUGUGGGGUCCGAGUGUCUACGAGUUGCGGACAUGCCGGUCUCUGCCGGUCACCCCCCCCCCCGCCGGGCCUCCGGACCCAUGGCCGAUUACCUGAGCCGCAACGGCCCUUACUCUCCAUUCUUCACGUCCGAGUACCCCGAGGCAGAUGACUGGACGGACCAGACUUGAAAGCCAAACGACGAGGCGGAGCCUUUGCAGUGUCCCUUAUCUUUACACUCGCUCGCAUCAAUCGAGUGGCCGAUAAUUGUCUGAGUCGUCGUCGCCAGUCAACGUAUCGGUAUCAAACUCGACUCUCGGACGAUGUCUUUGAU